AAACUUUAUUAAAGUCCGAUGGGCUGAUAAGCGCCAGCGCCGCGCCUUUAAUUAAAGCGCAGAGGAAAUUGCAGGCGCCCGGGCCCUGCGCCCCGCGCACGUUGCCUGGAGACUGGUGUCCCCCCCCGUCCAACUGCGCCCCCCGCGCGCACCAAUCUUGCGCCCUGCCUCCGCGGGUGGGGAGCGCAAUACAUAAUAAUAACAACCAUCAUCUUCCCCAGCCCAAGGCGAUAAUACCCCCCGCGGGCGCGGGGUGGGCGCAGAGCUGCCAUGAGACGCGGCGCGGCCCGGACCUUGCUGCUCAACAUGUACCUGCCAGACCCGGUUGGGGAAACUUUAUUCAAAGAAGGCAAAAGCCAGGCGUGGGGCUCCCUGGGACCCGGGGUUCAAAAAGGCAGUGGGCAGAUCCAGUUGUGGCAAUUUCUGCUGGAGUUGCUUUCCGACCGGGCCAAUCUGAACUGCAUUGCCUGGGAAGGAACGAAUGGCGAGUUCAAACUCCUGGAUCCUGAUGAGGUGGCACGGCGCUGGGGUGAGCGCAAGAGCAAGCCCAAUAUGAACUAUGACAAGCUCAGCCGGGCACUGCGCUAUUACUAUGACAAGAACAUCAUGACCAAGGUGCACGGGAAACGCUAUGCCUACAAGUUCGACUUCCAGGGCCUGGCCCAGGUCUGCCAGCCAGCAACCCCCGACCACACUCUCUACAAAUUCCAGGCCCCAUUGCCCUUCUCUGGUAUUUCCAAACUCAACCUUAUGGCCUCAGGUGUGACCCCAACUAGCUUCUCCUAUUGGCCAGGUUCUACCCCUACCCUGUAUCCCAGCCAUGGCCUGCAACCUUCUGCACCCUUCAGUACCAUGGCAACCUCCCACAUCAACAAUAUGAACAGCCACUACCACUAGGGCUCUCUUAGCUGCGGAUGGGAUGGGAAAGGGAAAGGGUGGCCUUCAGAUGAAUACAUUUCCUCAUUAAGAGCCAGGAGAUAUUGUGUAUAACAGGAGAAACAUCUUUACUGAGAUGGUCUGGCUUUCUGCAGUGGCAUUGGAUUAUCCCUAAGGUCUCUUCUGUGCCGAGAUCCUUUAGUGUUGGAUACAAAGCCCAUAAUUUCAUAGGGGACAUUUCCCCUAUUUUUUCCAUUAAAAAUCAUUCUCAGUAUAACUGGUAUGAUCUUGGAACUGUCUUGUACUUUCUGCCCCUUGGAACUCUUGCCAUGCAUAACAGCUAAGAUCAGGAUGGCCUCAACUAAACAAGACACAAACACCCAUAUAUCUUGAGGGGUUAAUCAUGGAGGUGGGCUAUACUGCAUAGGGUGCCUGUCUGUCCAUCUCAUAGACUAUAUGAAUAGCAUCUUGGUCAGCGCCAUUCUUUUCCUUGGGACCAGCUUGCUUCUUUAGUGGUCACGUACCUGCAGCAUUUUGUUGCUGAGUUUUCCCUUGAUUUGGUACAGGGGUAAUCCCCUCCUCUUGGGAAUCAUAAAAUGAAGAGGACCACGUAGCUACAUAGCCAACCACAUUUAGCUCUUUGAUGGUGACAGCUGAGGGUAAGUGAGGGCAACUGAAAUGAACAACUCAAUGUUUUCAUUAAGGGGGGGAUUAAAAACACCAAUAUCCGACCACAACGUCAUUUUUAUUUUUACUGCUGCUGAACACGGGAACAAAGAUCUACUAGUAAAGUAGCAGAAUACUGCUCUACAGACAGUUCAUUAAUUUAUAGGCUGGAGAGAAGUGGUGGUGGUGGGAGGAUAUUGCCGCAGAGAAUCUUUUCUCUCCUUACUCUGAGCCUAGUGGGAAGGGCAGGGAGGGAAAAAAAUC